AUGAGCAUGAGGCCUGCGACCAUGUGGUUCUUUGUUGCACCAUGCCAUACCGCCGGCUACGCAUACAGGCUUGUCUUCCCUUUUGAGAAGAACGAUGCUGUGAGAUGGCUUUCCUGGGAGAUCAAGACAUCUACUUCCGAAAAGAACGAAGAAUCACACUUUCAGUGUUUUGAAACCGUUGGUUUCAGGAAAUCUGGAUUGAACGCUCUGCCUGGGUCCGGCCGUUUGGAUCAUCGUAUCAGCGUGACGGACCGGUUUGAGAACAUCAGUGUCAAAGACCACGCUAUUCCUGCUGGAAACGAGACGCAAUAA